CUCUCUCUCUCUCUCCUCAGUCCUCCCCUCCCUAUACUUGUAGCUACAUAUCUCUGUAUUCUCCGUAACAUUGUCCCCUGCAGAUUGCUUCCCUUAUUCUUCGAGUAGUCGUCGUGAUAUCGCAUAUAUCCUCCUCCUUCUACCUGAGUCCUGGUGCGUGAAAGAACAGCCAAGAAGAUGGAUGUCGAAUACCACGAGGAGUACGUGAGGAACUCGAGGGGCGUGCAGCUCUUCACGUGCGGCUGGCUGCCGGCGUCUUCCUCGCCCAAAGCGCUCGUCUUCCUUUGCCACGGUUACGGCAUGGAGUGCAGUAACUUCAUGAGAGCAUGUGGGAUCAAGUUGGCCAAGGCAAAGUAUGGUGUGUUUGGGAUUGAUUACGAGGGCCACGGCAAGUCCAUGGGUGCCAGGUGCUACAUCCAGAAGUUCGACAACCUCGUAGCUGACUGCGACCGGUUCUUCAAGUCCAUCUGUGACAUGGAGGAAUACAGAAACAAGAGCCGGUUCCUGUACGGCGAGUCCAUGGGCGGAGCCGUCGCCCUGCUGCUGCAUAGGAAGGAUCCAAGCUUCUGGGACGGUGCAGUCCUCGUGGCGCCAAUGUGCAAGAUAUCAGAGAAAGUGAAACCGCACCCGGUCGUGAUCACCCUCCUGACUCAGGUGGAGGAGAUCAUCCCAAAGUGGAAGAUCGUCCCGACCAAAGAUGUCAUCGACUCCGCAUUCAAGGACCCCAUCAAGCGCGAAAAGAUCAGGAAGAACAAGCUCAUCUACCAGGACAAGCCCCGGCUAAAGACUGCGCUCGAGCUGCUGCGAACCAGCAUCGAUGUGGAAGAUAGUUUGUCAGAGGUGAGGAUGCCAUUCUUCAUCCUGCACGGCGAGGCCGAUACAGUGACAGAUCCGGAGGUCAGCCACGCCCUCUACGAACGCUCAGCUAGCAACGACAAGACCAUCAAGCUCUACCCGGGGAUGUGGCACGGCCUCACUGCCGGCGAACCUGAUGAGAACGUUGAGCUAGUGUUUUCCGAUAUUGUGGCGUGGCUCAACGAGCGCAGCCGCCAUUGGGAACCCGAAGAACGGGUGAGAACGCCGUCGGAGCCCGAGAAGCACCACCAGGCGGCGUCCAAGAAGAUCGCCCGCGUCAGCAGCAGUAACGGCACGGAGAGUCCGGUGUCGGCGGACGGCCGGCCUCAACGGCGCGGCAACUUCCUCUGUGGGCUAGGCGGCCGGCGAAACCACCAGCAAUGUAGGAUGUAAAUACGAAAACCACACCCUUGAUCAGUUGUGAUCAGUUGUUCAUUCAGAACUGUACAUGACGUAAGAAACAGAUCUGAUGAUGUAAACAAUGUGCUGAACGAAUGCUCAAUAAAAAUCUUGUUUCAUC